AUACAAAGAUACAUACAUAGAUACAGAGAGAAACAAAAGAGAGGGCACAAAGCUUGUUUGACGAUCUGGUCUUUUGCCCUAAUUCAUCUUCCUCACUUCACUCCCAGAUCUCAUCUUUCACACACACCAAAACACACACACACAUACAUACAAUUAUCUGUAUCUAUAUAUUCGUAAUUGGAGAGAUUGUGUGAUCAAUUAUGGCGGCGAUAAAGGAGGUGAGCAGAUCGGCGACGGCGGCGUUCUCGCCGGACAAACCGUACUUAGCGGCGGGAACAAUGGCCGGAGCAGUGGAUAUAUCGUUCAGCACAUCGGCCAAUCUCGAUAUAUUCGAGCUGGAUUUCCAAUCGGAUGAUCGCCAAUUGCGAUUGCUCGGGGCUGUGCCGAGUACAGAGCCGUUUAAUCGGAUUUCUUGGGGGAAAAAGCCGCCCGCUUCUGAGGAGUUUGGAUUGGGUUUGAUUGCUGGUGGACUUAAUGAUGGCAACAUUGGGAUUUGGAAUCCUGCUACGCUUAUUAGUUCUGAGUCAAGUGAAAGCUCUCUUCUUCAACAGCUUUCAAGACAUAAGGGACCUGUUCGUGGUCUAGAAUUUAACUCUCUUUCACCAAACCUUCUUGCUUCUGGGGCCGAUGAAGGGGAAAUCUGUAUUUGGGAUAUUGCAAAACCCACAGAACCUACCCAUUUUCCUCCUCUCAAGGGUACUGGAUCUGCCGCUCAGGGUGAAAUUUCGUUUUUAUCUUGGAAUAGCAAGGUACAACACAUAUUGGCAUCUGCUUCUUUUAACGGGACAACUGUGGUGUGGGAUUUGAGGAAGCAAAAGCCUGUGAUAAGCUUUUCAGAUUCAGUUAGAAGACGAUGUUCUGUUCUGCAGUGGAAUCCUGAUGUUGCCACUCAGUUAAUUCUUGCUUCAGAUGAUGACAGUUCUCCCUCUUUAAGGAUUUGGGACAUGCGAAAUACUAUGUCACCACUGAGAGAACUAGCAGGGCACACUAAAGGUGUAGUUGCAAUGUCGUGGUGUCCUAAUGACAGCUCUUAUUUGCUGACCUGUGCCAAAGAUAAUCGUACUAUUUGCUGGGACAUGGCUUCCUCAGAGAUUGUCUCUGAAUUGCCUGCUGGAACAAACUGGAACUUUGAUGUUCAUUGGUAUCCAAAGAUCCCCGGGGUCAUAUCAGCAUCAUCAUUUGACGGAAAAAUUGGGAUCUACAAUAUUGAGGCUUGUGACCGAAUUGGUGUAGGGGAGAGUGAUAUUGGUACAGGUUAUAUAAGGGCCCCAAAAUGGUAUAAGCGCAAGGCUGGAGUUUCUUUUGGUUUUGGAGGCAAGCUUGUCACUUUCAGUACUACAGACUCUGGAUCUUCUGAGGUUUUUUUGCAUAAUCUGGCCACUGAUACCAACUUGGUGGGUAGCUCUUCUGAAUUUGAAGCUGCAAUGCAAAGUGGAGAGCGAUCUUCGCUGAGACUUUUAUGCGAUAAGAAGUCUCAGGAAUCUGAAUCUCAGGAUGAUAAAGAAACAUGGGGAUUUUUGAAAGUCAUGUUUGAGGAUGAUGGAACGGCUAGGACAAAGCUGCUUACGCACCUGGGAUUCAGUCUGCCUGCUGAAGUUAAAGAUGCAACCGAAGAUGAGCUUUCCCAGGAAUUAAAUGGUCUUGCUCUUAAAGAAAAAGAAGCAGAUAAAGCGCAUGCAGGACAAAAGGAUAGUCCUAUAUACCCUUCUGAUGGAGAAGAUUUCUUUAACAAUCUUCCUAGUCCGAAAGCUGACACACCUGUGUCAACUCCAGAUAACAAGUUUAAUGCUGAGAAUUCUGUUCAUAAUGCGGAAGAAGAACUUCAUCACCAAAAUGAUGAUCAUGAUGAGAAUCCUGAUGCGGCGUUUGAAGAUGCUGUGCAACGUGCUUUGGUUGUUGGUGACUAUGCGAGUGCUGUUGCUCAGUGCAUUUCUUCAAAUAGAAUUGCAGAUGCUCUAGUUAUUUCUCAUGUGGGCGGGGCAUCUCUAUGGGAGAGCACACGUGAUCAAUACCUGAAGACGAGUCAUUCUCCUUACCUUAAGGUUGUUGCUGCUAUGGUGAAUAAUGAUCUAAUGAGCCUCGUUAAUACAAGGCCCCUAAAAGCCUGGAAGGAAACCCUUGCUCUCCUCUGCACUUUUGCACAAAGAGAGGAAUGGACUUUUCUGUGUGACACGCUUGCUUCUAGGCUCAUGGCAGCAGGCAGAACUCUGGCAGCAACUCUUUGCUAUAUAUGUGCUGGGAACAUAGAUAAAACAGUGGAAAUUUGGUCGAUAACUGUUACAACCAAGCAAGAUGGGAAAUCUUAUGUCGCUCUUCUUCAGGAUCUCAUGGAAAAAACUAUGAUUCUUGCAAUGGCAACUGGGCAAAAGCGAUUUAGCGCUUCUUUGUGCAAGCUAGUUGAGAAGUAUGCUGAAAUUUUGGCAAGUCAAGGGCUUUUAACAACUGCAAUGGAAUACUUAAAUUUUAUGGGGACUGAGGAAUUGACUACUGAACUAGUGAUUCUGCGGGAUUGCAUUGCUCUCUCUACACAACCUGAGAGAGAAGCACAAAGUUCUACAGAUUUUGGGCACUCCCAGUCACAAACUGAGACCAUACCUAGUUAUGCUCCUGAUGCCUCAAAUUAUUAUCAGAACACAGCACAGCCACAAAUGCAACAGACUGUUCCUAGUGUUCCCUAUGGUGAUAAUUUCCAACAGCCAUAUAAUUCUUCAUUUAGGAGGGACUAUGGCUCUCCUGCUCCAUAUCAGACUGCUGCCCAACCUGCUCCAUAUCAGCCUGCCGCCCAACCUGCUCCAUAUCAGCCUGCAGCCCAACCUGCUCCAUAUCAGCCUGCAGCCCAGCCAUCUCCAUAUCAGCCUGCACCCCAGCCAUCUCCAUAUCAGCCUGCCCCUCAACCUAAUAUGUUCGUUCCGUCUCAGCCACCACAAAUUCCCCAGCCUAGCUUAGCCCCACGUCCAGUUACCAGUCAGCCUGCAGUGAAACCAUUUGUUCCUUCAACUCCUCAAGGUUUGAGAAAUGUAGAGCAGUAUCAGCAGCCUACAUUGGCCUCCCAGUUGUAUCCAGGAAGUGCCAACUCUGGUUAUCAACAAGCUGGAAACCAGGUAGGUGGUGCACAUGGUCCUGUUUCAUCUCAAGUUGCACCUCCUGCGCAUAAGAUGCCACAGGGUGUUACUCCCGCACCAGGACCUAGAGGAUACAUGCAAGUAAAUAAUGCAGGGGUGCAAAGACCUGGGAUGGGCCCAAUGCAGCCACCCAGCCCUACUCACUCAGCACCAGCACCAGCACCAGUAACUCCUGCAGCUCCACCACCUACGGUGCAGACAGCUGACACUUCAAAUGUGCCAGCUUCGCAGAGGCCUGUUAUUACAACUUUGACCAGACUGUUCAAUGAGACAUCAGAAGCACUGGGAGGCCCUCGAGCAAAUCCUGCUAAGAAGCGUGAAAUAGAAGACAAUUCAAAGAAAAUUGGUGCCUUGUUUGCAAAGUUAAACAGUAACGACAUUUCUAAAAAUGCUGUUGAAAAACUUGUACAGCUCUGUCAGGCUUUGGAUAAUGGUGAUUUUAGUACAGCCCUCCAAAUCCAGGUACUUCUGACGACAAGUGACUGGGAUGAAUGUAACUUCUGGUUAUCGACACUGAAGAGAAUGAUCAAGACCAGGCAAAAUGUUAGAUGAAAAGAAUAUUUGGCUAUCUUAUGAAAUAUGAAGUAAUGGUCUGCUUGCAUUCAGAGAUCUAGGGUUUUAUCAGUACACUGAAGGCUCCGACAAUGUAAACAGGACUGCUGCCUUUAGAUUUUGCGAUGGACUUUUGUUUCACUGAUCUCGUAAUUCCCUGUAUUAUUUUUUCCCCUUCUCACUAUGUUUAGAAAAUAUAGCUAUGAAAGGUUUGGACUUUUUGGUGAUUAAAAUCAAAUUUGUAUGUGCAUUGAAAAUAGAAUAUGGUUUUUCUUUAAUAGAUGAUCAUGAAUUUCAUGAA